AUGGGCAGAAAAGUGACUUAUCAAGUCCAACCACUAUGGUUUAAUGGCUUCAAAGAAGAGUCCUUUCGCCUUUCCAUCUUGGACAUGAUUACUCCUCCAAACUACAACACUUACGCCAUAGUUUUCAAGUCAGAUAAUGCAGAUGAAAAGACUGUUGCUGAAUGGUUCAAACAGGCGAUUAACGCAACGCUUCUGCAAUGCCGCCAUUUAGUUGGCACAGUCGAGAAGAACCAGCAUGGGGACUACUCGAUUGUCACGAAGCCCGAUAGUACCGUUGAGCUUGUAUUUCACUGGCUUAAUGGCCCUGAUGAUGACUAUCCAUCGUACUCAGAGCUUGAAAGACAAAACUUCUCAAGCAGGUGUCUUGGAAGUGCCGCAACUUUAGGAAUCGACGGCAUGCCUACGGCUCGCGGUCCAGAUGACAGCCCAGUCAUGGUUGGAUUUCAACUGAACUUCAUACGUGGUGGUUUUAUUCUUACUAUCCAGAUACACCACUUUGCAGUUGACAUGACAGGCACGACAAGUUUAGUUCGCCAAAUUGCUGAUAAUUGCUAUUCGAUUCGAUAUGGAACACCUCCACCUAGUUGGGAUAAAGCCUUUAUGGACAGGUCUCGCUUUAUUGCACCCAAAAUUGCGUUUGAGGAUCAGAUUGACCCAAUGCCACGGCCUCCUAAGCACCCGGACUGGCUUCCAUGUUCUUGGCUGCUGUUCCAUCUUCCACCUACCAAGGCUGCUGCGCUGAAAAGGCUAGCAUCGCCUAAAGACGGGACGCGGAUCUCAACAUAUGAUGCAUUGACGGCUGCGCUGUGGAGAGUUAUAGCAAGAAACAGGGCUCAAGUGUACAAACCUGUCCUGGAGGAGCCUGCAAUUUUUGGCGAGCCUAUCAAUAUGCGUAGCCGUUGUGAGUUACACCUAGUUCUUGAAGCGCUGGGGUUAUAA